AUGAGUGCGAGUACGAGUUCGAGUUUGCUGGUUCAGACUCCACCGAAUAUGUCAGUGUCAACAGCUACGCCGACCGGGGUCGAUAGCGCCCCGCGAAAUCCUAGAAAUUUUAGACGGGGACAUCGAGGCCGCCGAGGUAAUCCGAGUCGACGGACACAAACACAGGAGCAAACGCAGUUCUUGUCCGCAGCGCAGCCGCAUAAUUUGCCGGCAGCCCAAACCCAGCAGUUACAAGCGCAGGCGCCGACGCCGACCACUUCUGUAUCCCAGUCUCAGCUCGCAACACAACCAAGCGAUACGGCGGGUCAGCAACGAUCACGACGUGGCCCGAGAAGAGGACGGCGAGGCGCUGGGAAUACACCGGUAGAUGGAGAAGGGCAGCGCCAGAAUCGGGUGCGGGGUGGCGACCAACAAAUUGGGGCGGGAGCUGCUAGACGGACGUUCGGUGGACGCCUGACGAAGUCACAGGAGACUUCGGAGGACGAUAAGCAGGCGCCAGAGGGUACGGAAGAUGCAGGGUUAAGGGCUGAUGCUCCAGCAUUUGUACCUGGAUCGUCCUCGAGCAAUGCCGCACCGGCAAAAGGAAAAGGGAAGGGGAAAUCCCUCCGAACACGGCAGCCGAAGGUUACUACAAAGUCAGAGGCGGAGGAUAUCAUCACACGGAUUCAUGAGGAUAUUGCUCAUAACCUUUACGAAUGCCCUAUCUGUACUAGCGAGAUUGGACGGAAGACACGCGUUUGGUCUUGCGGACUCUGUUGGACCGUGUUCCAUUUGAGCUGUGUUAAGAAAUGGUCGAAGAAUGAAGGCGCCGCUGUGCAGGAUCCUUCCCGAACCGUGCCCGGUGGUGAAAACGGAGAGGCUAGCGGGCCUCGUGCUUGGAGGUGUCCUGGUUGUAAUCUUGCCCAGGAGGUGUUUCCAUCAAGCUACACUUGCUGGUGUGAGAAAGAGACUGAUCCGCGGCCGCUUCCUGGGCUUCCCCCUCACUCGUGUGGGCAGACAUGCUCACGCAAGCGUAAGGAUUGUCCACACCCCUGUGAUUUGACUUGCCAUGCUGGGCCAUGCAAACCAUGUACGGCAAUGGGCCCGACUCAGGAUUGUUUCUGCGGCAGGAAUUCGUCUACGAAGCGGUGUCAAGACACCGACUACGAGAACGGAUGGAGUUGCGGCGAGAUUUGUGGCGAUUUGUUGCCGUGCGGUGAACACACCUGCAGUCGGCCUUGUCAUGAAGGUCUUUGCGGAGCGUGUGAGGUCAAGAUUGAUGCGCGCUGUUAUUGUGGAAAGGUAGAGACCGAAAUGCUCUGCAGCUCCAAGGACGAAGAGCUGGAUAGCCAACUUUUGAAGGAUUGUGAUGUCGAGGAGUGGACCGGGUGCUUCAGCUGCGGAGAUGUCUGCAGUCGCCCAUUUGAUUGCGGUGUCCACGUCUGUCAGCAAAGCUGCCACCCACAAAAAGCCCAGGCGGCUCACUGUCCGAGAUCGCCGGACGUGGUCUCUCAUUGUCCUUGCGGGAAAACGCCAUUGGCCGAUAUUCCAGGAUAUACACCUCGAUCAUCUUGUGAAGACCCCAUUCCAAACUGUCAAAAAGCCUGCGGCAAGACUCUUCCAUGUGGACACGCAUGCGAAAAGAUCUGCCACACUGGUCCAUGCGGCGCGUGUAUGCGGGCGGUUACGAUAAAUUGCCGUUGUGGGCGCAAUUCAUUUAAGAGCAUUUGCCAUCAAGGCUCGUUCGAGCCUCCGCAAUGUUUCCGGGUUUGUAAGGCAGGCUUACAUUGCGGCAGACAUGCAUGUGCCGAGCGUUGCUGUCCUGGCGAACAAAAGGCCGUCGAACGCCAGGCUAUGCGAAGGAAGCUGAAGCCUCACCUCCGCCCUAUCGACGAGGAUGUCGAGGCCGAACAUAUUUGUACCCGUGUUUGUGGCCGCAUGUUGAAAUGCGGCCGGCAUACAUGUCCGGAAAUCUGCCACAAGGGUCCCUGCAAUACUUGCAGAGAGGCUAUAUUCGAGGAGGUACCCUGCAGUUGCGGUAGGACAGUCUUGUACCCGCCGUUGCCCUGUGGGACGCAGCCCCCGGCAUGCUCAUUCCCUUGUGAGCGUCCGAAACCGUGUGGCCAUCCUCAGACGACGCACAAUUGUCACACAGAGGACGAAUCUUGCCCCAAGUGCCCUUUCCUAACAGAGAAAACAUGCCUUUGCGGGAAGCGGACCCUAAAGAAUCAACCCUGUUGGUUGGCAGAUGUACGCUGUGGGCAAAUUUGCGGCGAACCACUCAAAUGCGGCUCUCAUUACUGUCAAAAGAAUUGUCACCGACCAGGCGAAUGCGAAGAUGCCUCACAGCCCUGUCAGCAGGCAUGUGGAAAGACAAAGACCGUUUGCGGCCAUCCAUGCACGGAGCCCUGCCAUGCUCCGUACCCCUGUGCCGAGAAGACGCCAUGUGCGUCCACAAUCACGGUAACAUGUGGCUGUGGACGACUUCGUCAGGACCGUCGAUGCAACGCUAUGAAAGCCGUGACAUCGAAGGGACAGCUGCAGCAGCCGCAGAGGCUCCCCGCAACCAGCCCCUUAUCAUGCGACGACGAGUGUGCCCGGUUAGAGCGCAACCGCGCGCUUGCGGCAGCUCUAGGGGUCAAUAUCAACCCGUCGACCACCAUGGCGCAAAAUACUAUCUCCUCCACGAACCUACCAUACUCUUCUGAAACACUGGACAUGUACAUCCAGCUCUCAUCUACAUCCCCCCUCUCGACGCUUCAAUCCCACGAAGCAACCCUACACUCCCUUGCUACAAGCACUACCCAACGCUCCGUGCGAACCCAGCCCGCAAAAUCGUCUAUCCGAGCUUUCAUCCACUCUCUUGCAUCGGACUACGGCUUCGCGAGCGAGAGUUUUGACCCAGAGCCCCACCGACACGUAUUCGUCCUCAAGCCUACAACUUGGACACCUCCUGUCUUCGGCCUCGGCAAUGGCGUCUCGAUCGGCAUCGCGGGUAUGAGCGUUUCUGAAUGUGUGAAACUUCGUGAGCGUCACAGGGCCAAGGAGCGCGAAGCGCAGCGUGAAGCAGCGGCAGAAGCGAAAGCCCUACGCGAAGCAGCCAAGGCCCAAGCCGGCUCUUCGGAAGGCGGCUGGGCGCAAGUUGCUGCAUCGAAACGGAAUAAUGGGGUCAGUAGCGCAAGAAACACGCCGCUUUCUCGCACUCCCAUUGGGCCAGGGUCGGGGUCUUUGUACGCGGCUCUUGCGAUGAACGAUGACGGAAGCAGCGUAGGGGGCUCGGGCGUCAAGAAGGAGAAGCUCGUUCUGAGAUCGGGCGUUGGUGCGAGCAAGCAGGCUCGCCGUUCGUCUCCACUUCAAUCAACUGAAGUUGCCGAUAGUUGGGAAGAGGAGGAAGAGAAAGAGGAGCAGGAGGAGGAGCGACGGGCGAGGGAGUCCGAAGUCUCAGGUAGCACAGGGACAAGGACCCCCGAGGUCGUUGAGGGGAAUCGGGACUCUGGAAAUGAGACCGCCGCAGGCACUGCUUCCUCUGAAUCCCUUCCUGCAAGUGAGGGAGAGAGGACCCAGGCGGAUGAAACCACUGUCUGCUUCUGA